UCGGUCGAGAGCCACAGUGGACCACAGCGACAUUCGACAACGGUACAUACGACAACGAAAAAAAAGCUUCCGACCCGUCGGCUCAGCGAAAACGCAAAACAGUGCAGAACGAGACGUGGAGCAGAAAAAAUACAUUCAUUCAUUCACAUCGUAAAAAAUUAAUUUGGCACAAAUUAAUUUGCGUAACGGAACUGCUCGAUUAACACAAUUUAAUGUUUAUUCAUCGCAUCAUUCGAGUGCUGUCGUGCGCCGUGCAAUAAAAAACGGAAUAAUUAUUCGACAUUUCAGUCAAACAAACAAAUUUAUAAUUGAUCCAUAGCUGUGUGUUUGUGCAUUAAAAAUAAUAAGCAAAAAGUCUCUGCCAUGGCCAGGAAACUUUUCAAUUGUGAAUUGUAACAUUUUCAAUGUGCAGCUUUCGACAGAGUCACAGCAGCAACUACAACACCUGGAAUAUGUUGUAUAAUGUACCCUGUCAGAACUUUUCAACACUGGAUUACUACAAAGUUAAACGUCCCAAGACAGAGCACACGGAUACACAUGAACGCAAUCGCCUCUGCAAUCUCUCCCAGCAGCAGCAACAGCCACACACCCAGCAGCAACAGCAGCAGCAGCAGCAGCAGCAGCAACAGAGCCAACAACAGCAGACACAUCCCGGCACCGUGUUGGCCAGCAAUGGACCAAGUAGCGCCGGGGCCACCAUGGGCGUCGGUGUGGGCGUUGGAGUCGGCGUUGGCGUGGGCGUGGUUGGACAGUGCAGUCCACUGGGACUGCCGCCACAGAGUCAGCCGCUGCAGCCGACAAUAAGCUCAUUGGCCUCGUUGAGCGGCCACUAUGCGGGCAGUAAUCCGCACGUGAACGGCAACCCAAAUCCGAAUCCGAGCAGCUGCAGCCUGGCGGCUGCCUCCAGCUUCGCACAGUCGGCCAGCAGCAGCUUCUCCACAUAUCAACAGGCCGGCGGCAGUGCGGUCGAUGAUGGAGUCAGCGGUGGAUCUGUGAUGUCGCACUGGACGCACGAUGGCAGUGGAUCGGGUGCCGCUGUCAAGUCGGAGUCCCGCAGUCCCGGCCAGCAGGUGCAUGCGGCGCUGGACAACGGCGUGGUGACGUCGGUCAGCAGUGGACCCAAUCUGUAUGGCUGCAGUGCCGCCAAUCCGCUGGACAGCAGCACGGCGGCGGCUGUCAACUCCUCGGCCGUGGCCGCCGCUGCUGCGGCCGUGUACGAUGGGAAGCACGAUUAUUACUACUACAACAGCAUGCAGCAGUAUACGCCGCCGCCGUUCUACUCCGGCUACGGAGCACCCUAUGCGGCGGCCACGGCUGCCCGGCAGGCCAAGAUGGAGCCGGGAGCAGCGGCUGCGGCGGCUGCCUAUCUGACGCCCACCUAUGCCAGCGGCGGCAACAACAACUCGCAGCUGUACAGCAAUCCCUACGCGGGCUACAACAACUUUGCGCAGCAGGACUACGGCGGCUACUACAACGAGCAGUACGGCAACUACUACAAUCCGGCCAACUACUCGCCGUAUGCCGUCAGCUCGCCCAGCUCGAGUGCCAGCCACGGGCACGGUUUCCAUGUGGCUGCCAGCUCCAAUCUCUCUGAGAGCCCCACGGACACGCACUCGACGACGCCCGUGCACCAUGCCACCCACUCGCCGCACUCCCCGCUGCCGAUCUCACCCAAUGCCGCAACGGGCCUGGCCAGCAGCGGCCCGGCCAGCUCUGCUGCGGCUGUGGCAGCUGCCGCGGCAGCUCUCAAUUCCAGCGGGGGCAGCAGCGUGGGAACGGCGGGCUCCUCAAAUGCAUCGGGCACCAAGACAACGCCCACGGGCAAGACGGGACGAGCACGCGGCAGGCGCCACCAGCAGCCCAGUCCCACGCGCAGCACAGCCUCGGAUACGGGCAACAGCGAGGCGGUGAAGCAGCCGGAGCGUGUGUUCGUCUGGGACCUGGACGAGACGCUGAUCAUCUUCCACACGCUGCUCUCAGGCAGCUACGCGAAUCGCUAUACCAAAGACCACAGCACCCUGAUGACCAUCGCCUUCCGCAUGGAGGAAAUGGUCUUCAACAUGGCCGACACGCACUUUUUCUUCAACGAGAUCGAGGAGUGUGACCAGGUGCACAUCGACGAUGUCAGUUCGGACGAUAACGGCCAAGACCUGAGCGCCUACAACUUUGCCACCGAUGGCUUCCACACGGGCACACCACCCGGCGCGCCACCCAAUCUCUGCCUGCCCACGGGAGUGCGCGGCGGCGUGGACUGGAUGCGCAAGCUGGCAUUUCGCUAUCGCAAGAUUAAGGACAUCUACAACAGCUACAGGGGAAACGUUGGCACACUGCUGGGUCCCGGCAAGCGUGAGGCCUGGCUGCAGAUACGCUCGGAGAUUGAGGUGGCCACCGAUAACUGGGCGACACUGGCGCUCAAGUGCCUCAGCAUGAUUUCACAGCGAGAGAACUGCGUCAAUGUGCUGGUCACCUCCACGCAGCUGGCACCAGCGCUGGCCAAGGUGCUGCUCUUCGGACUGGGCAGCAUCUUCAACAUCGAAAACAUUUACAGUGCGCACAAAAUUGGCCAGGAAACCUGCUAUGAGCGUAUCGUGACACGCUUUGGGCGCAAGAGCACCUACGUGGUGAUUGGCGAUGGCGCCGAAGAGGAGUCCGCCGCCAAGGCCAUGAACUUCCCCUUCUGGCGUAUCUCGGCACACAGCGACAUACGCGCCCUAUACACAGCCCUCGACAUGGGCUUCUUAUGAAAGGCCAAACUGUGAAUCGGAAGUAGAAGUGCAAACAGAAUUUGGGAGGGACGCUCGAAGCAGUUUUGAGUACAAACGGCAAAAUGUUUAACUAAUUUAUUGAAUGUGUGUGUAUGAGAUAUGGAAACUGUAAACUGUAAACCAGCGCAAAAUAAUUUAAUUAUUUUGUUUAAUCAAUUUAUAAUUUUAAUGCCAAGACUUUAUUGUAUUAUAUAGUUUUAAAUCCAAUCCUAAUCCAACUUUUUGCAGCCAGCAAGCAGCCGCACGAAAAUUGUUUCAAUUGUAUAAUUAAUGAAUUAAUUAAACUAACGAUAUACGUAUUUAGCACCUUAGAGUAGCAAUCAAUACCAGAUAGCAGACCGAAGCGGAUCGAAAGAAUGGGGCGUGAAGUAGCCCCACAGAUCGAUCGGAGCAAACACAACAAAAAUUAGUUUAAAGUCUUUAGUUUAAAGCGCCUGCAGGGUCAGAGUAAACAUAAUUAUAAAUAAAUAAUUCGACAAAGUGUAGUAUUCAAAUUUUAAAUAACUAUUAUAUAGCUGCAUAUAUUAAACUAU